AUGGGACCUGGCGACGUUGGUGAGGAGAAGCCAGGGAAGCGUGUCGGCUUUGAGGAUGAAGAUGUUCAUUCCAGUGGAAGCGAUGAUGAUUACCAGAAUCCCGUUGAGGUCAUGUUCGACCAGGGCAACCCAUAUCGCCGCAAGAGCUCUUUAGUAACUUCAGAGGCAUCGCGGCCUUUGCCACGUCGUCCAAGCAAGAGAACCGAGUGCAUUGUGCACCAAUUUCUCGAGAGCCAGAGGAAGGCCCGCGAUGCCGUCGCCUCUGCUAGUAACCACGGCUCUAGGUCCAAUUCAGUAUCAAGUGCCACUAAAUCUUCGUCAGAUUACUGUCAUUAUGGGCAUCCAACUUAUGAAAAUUCUCGGCGACAACUAAGCGCAAAAGAUGUUUCGGGAGAAACAGGCAUGGCCAAAACUGUUGAGCCCAAAGGCCGUGUCGCCAAGAACAGAGCCGCCUUUCUGGCCGCUGAUAGCCCCGAGGGUAGUGACGUAGGCCAGAUUGAUGAGAAGUCUUGGCGGAACGAGAUCAUCAAAUCGCCGUCGCAAGUGGACCUGUCUCACGCCGACAACGAUGAUGAGCUUCAUAGUCGGCUUCUCACUAAGAAGCAGCUGAGCGAAAUGGCGUGGGGAGUGCGUGAGCUUAGCAGACGGCUGAGUAGCAUGCGAAUCAGGUUCCGUGUCAAGACCAUCUUUGUCUUAACCAAAAUCCACGACCCGGACUUGGUCAUUCGCACUAGAGAGCUCGUCAAGUGGCUCCUCUCUCAUGAGCGGGACGUUGAGUACACAGUGUACGUGGGAGGCAAUUUCAAGGACAGCAAGAAGUUCAACGCCUCAGGACUCGUCGAAGAAGUCAAACAAGAGUUCGUUGAAGCUGGCAAGAUGCAGGCCAACGACAGCAAUGAUGCCAUUUCUAAGCGACUGAGGUACUGGGAUGAAGACAUGUGCCGGAAUAGGCCACACAUGUUCGAUUUUGUCAUCACGUUAGGAGGCGAUGGCACUGUUCUCUACGUCAGCUGGCUAUUUCAGCGCAUUGUGCCUCCGGUUCUGAGCUUUGCCCUUGGCAGUCUUGGUUUUCUCACAAAAUUCGACUUUGAAGAGCACAAAUCCAUUCUGACCAAUGCAUUCAACGAAGGUGUCACGGUCAGCUUGCGCCUGCGGUUUGAGGGAACAAUCAUGAGAAGCCAGCGAAGAAAGCAAGUGGCCGAUGGGGAAGAGAGCAGCUCCAGCCAGGAUGAUGAUGGAAGAAAGCCAGACCUGGUCGAGGAGCUUAUUGGUGAAGAGAGGGAGGAUGAGCAUACGCAUGUCCCAGACGGAACUUUUGAGAUUCUAAAUGAGAUAGUGGUGGAUCGCGGCCCAAACCCAACAAUGUCAUACACAGAAAUAUUCGGCGAUGACGAACAUUUUACUUCCGUCUUGGCGGAUGGAAUUUGUGUUUCGACUCCAACCGGUUCGACCGCCUACAACCUGGCGGCGGGCGGGUCCCUCUGCCACCCAGAAAAUCCGGUUAUGCUCGUCACCUCCAUCUGCCCCCAUACACUUUCCUUCAGGCCAAUCAUCCUUCCAGACACCAUUGUGUUGCGCGUAGGCGUGCCCUACGACGCAAGAACUAAUUCGUGGGCAAGCUUUGACGGCCGUGAACGCAUGGAAUUGUUCCCCGGCGACUAUGUCACCAUAAGCGCCAGCCGAUACCCGUUUGCAAGCGUCCAGGCCCAGGGCCGGCGUAGCGAGGACUGGGUCAACAGCAUUAGCGGCAAGUUGGGGUGGAAUACACGGCAGAAGCAGAAGGCGUACAAGCAGUGGGAGAAGUAG